AUGGUGAAACCGUCAACCAGUUCCUCCAGGCGGCUGAGCGUGAACAGAGCGAGCGCUCGGACGGAAACGUUGACCGCUUCACCAUCACUACCAAUAUCGAUCUGGACAGUCACACAUCGACCAGUGGCGCGGCCGUGCCGCGUCUACGGGCUUUAUUUGCUUUGCCGCCGUAGCUCCUGCAAGCUAGUCCCGAGGCAUGCGGCGCUUUUGCCUGGAGCUGAUUCCCGGCUCUGA